AUGAAGAUGAGGGAAAAUUAUGACAAGCAAGAGCUGGGAAAUUUCGGAACAGGAGAAUUGAAUGAGGAGUUCAUAGAGGAACAGUUAAAUGAGGAGGAUUAUAAAGAAAUGAUUAGACAAAUGACGAAGUUUAAGAAGCUACAAAUGUUAACCAAUAAUGGAGUCGAUAAAUUCCAUGAAAAUAUAACAUUAAAUCAUUUGAAAAAUAUUUUGGAAGAUAUUUUUGGUGAUGACAAUGAAGAUGGUGAAGAAGAAAAAGGAAGUGAUGAUGAUGAUGAUGAAAAUAUUAAAGGCGGUGAAAAUGAGGAAGAAAACGAGGAUGAGUGA